GGGGAAGUGGUGGUGCGCUCAGCCAGUCAGCCGACAGACACACAGCGCAAAGCCCCCCCACGAGAAGAUCCGCCCUCUCCUCCGGUCCUCCGCGUUGCUGUCACGCCGGCGUCGAGGCUCGAGAGAAGGCGGCGGCGGCGGGUGAGCGCGUGGCUGUGGGGUGUGUCCGUCCGGUGAGAUAGCUGGGGGACGCGCCGGCUCGUGCUGUGACCUGGAAGCUCUGGAGGCGCUGAAAGCGGCCUGGCAGGCGGGCGAUGGGGUGGGGGUGGUCUUCCUGCUGCAAGCGGUCGGACGGGGCUGAGCCUGGUAGGAGGAAGAAGAAGAAGGACACGACGUGGCGGAUCUUCUCGCUGAAGGAGCUUCAGUCAGCAACAAACAAUUUCAAUUAUGAUAACAAGCUCGGCGAGGGUGGUUUUGGCAGUGUCUAUUGGGGCCAGCUCUGGGAUGGGUCACAGAUUGCCGUGAAGAGGCUCAAGAGUUGGAGCAACAAAGCUGAAAGAGAAUUUGCUGUCGAAGUGGAGAUUUUGGCACGAGUGAGGCACAAGAGCCUUUUAAGCUUGCGCGGAUAUUGUGCUGAAGGCCAGGAACGCUUGAUAGUCUAUGAUUAUAUGCCAAACCUGAGCAUACACUCUCAACUUCAUGGACAGCACGCAGCAGAGUGCAAUCUCAGUUGGGAAAGAAGAAUGAAGAUUGCUGUUGAUUCUGCAGAAGGGAUCGCUUAUCUGCAUCACUAUGCGACACCGCAUAUCAUUCAUAGAGACGUCAAGGCGAGCAAUGUUCUCCUGGAUUCAAAUUUCCAAGCUCGGGUUGCCGACUUUGGGUUUGCCAAGCUAAUUCCAGAUGGUGCAACGCAUGUCACCACAAAGGUGAAAGGCACACUUGGUUAUCUCGCACCAGAGUAUGCAAUGCUUGGGAAGGCCUCUGAAAGUUGCGAUGUCUUCAGUUUUGGAAUUAUGCUCCUAGAGCUUGCCAGCGGGAAGAAGCCAGUUGAGAAGCUUAACCCCACCACGAAGAAAACCAUAACUGAGUGGGCUCUUCCUCUAGUCCGUGACAAAAAGUUCAAGGAAAUUGCUGAUCCAAAGCUCAAGGAUAGCUUCGUCGAGGAUGAGCUGAAGCGAAUGGUGCUUGUUGGGAUCGCCUGUUCUCAAGACAAGCCUGAACAGAGACCCAUAAUGUCUGAAGUCGUUGAGCUGCUCAAAGGAGAAUCUACUGAGAAGCUUUCCAACCUGGAGAACGAUGAUCUGUUCAAGCCUGAUAGCUCAUUCCAGAGCUCAUCCGGACCUGAUAGCUCAGACUGCGUCACCGAGGAGAGGAGUCCCAAAGCUGAUGCGAUAGAGGAGGCAGUUGAUUCAAGUGAGACAGUUCCCUCAGCAAGGUAGCGUGAUGCAUAGUGGUGUUGUCUGUAGGUGCCCUGAGCUCCUUGCCUGGGAGAAAUGUGUUUAUCAGUGUGCUUAAUUUGGGAGCUUCCUUGCCCAGUUCUCCUAUGUGCUGUCAUCUCUUCGUGUUGGCAUGGUACUAUUAGCUUGUAAAAUUCUGUAAAUCUGGGCCUGAUUCCAUCUGUAGCACUGCUGUUAGCGUUUAGCUACUUAAAUCCAUCAAUGAUUUGUGUGCAAGUCCCAUAAUGUUAUUUUUUUGGGUCU